AUGGACUCUAGCGCAUCCUCACCGCCUGCCCGCAUCCUCCCCACUGCAAUAAAAAAACUGUCCGCAAGGGCUGCAAACGCUCGCCUCGAGUCCUUCCUCGCAGAUUUUGAACAGCGUAGCUCCCCACUCAAUGGCGGUGACCACACCGCCACCGUCCAACUGCAAAAGCUCACACUGGCCCUCGCAGAGCAGCGGCACGCGAGACGUGGAGCCCUUUAG